AUGGAUGGCGAUGCUAAGCUUCGCUACUUCCAGUCGCUUUUGUCACUUGGAUACAAAGAGAUUGAGGUUUCUUAUCCAUCCGCCUCGCAAACAGAGUACGAAUUUACAAGGCGUCUCAUUACCACUCCCGGGCUCAUACCAGAUGAUGUCUGGUUGCAAAUAAUGGCUCCGUGCCGUGAGGACUUGAUCAAAAGAACAAUCGAUUCAGCACGGGGUGCGAAGAAAAUCAUUCUCCAUAUACAUCUCUCCACAUCGGAUUGCUUCCGCGACAUAGUCUUUAAUAUGUCAGAGCAAGAGACAAUUGACCUGGCCGUUCGUUGCAUACGAUUAAUUCGAGAACUCACGAAAGACUCCCCAGAUCCCGACGUAAGAAAGACGGAAUGGAUCCUGGAAUUCACGCCAGAGAACUUUCAAGAUACCUCGGUGGAGUUCGCUCUUGAAAUUUGCGAGACUAUAAAAGCAGUCUGGCAGCCUACGGAACAGCAUAAGAUCAUCUUUAAUCUGCCCUCGACAGUAGAAGUGGCAAUGCCAAAUACCUUUGCGGACCAAAUAGAAUUCUUUUGCGAUCAUAUCACUGAAAGAAGCAAAGUGUGUGUCUCGUUGCACAACCACAAUGAUCGUGGAACAGCUGUCGCAACGGCUGAAUUGGGCCAGCUCGCGGGGGCUGACAGAAUAGAGGGCUGCCUCUUUGGGAAUGGGGAGCGCACUGGAAAUGUCGAUCUUGUCACCCUCGCAUUGAACCUAUACACCCAAGGAGUAAAUCCUGGGAUUGAUUUCAGCAAUGUCAACAGUGUAGUUGCAAUGGUGGAAGAGCUUACUAAAAUACCUGUUCAUUUCCGUGCCCCCUAUGCAGGAAAGUACACAUUCUGUACCUUUACGGGCACUCACCAGGACGCAAUCCGCAAGGGGUACAAAAACCUGAAUGCUCUCCAGAAACGAACUGGUCGAGCUCAAAAAUGGAGAAUGCCAUAUCUUCCGAUGGACCCCAUGGACCUAGGAAGAAAGCAUGAAGCGAUCAUUCGUGUUAAUUCCCAAAGCGGGAAGAGUGGUAUCGCCUGGCUUGUGAAAGAGGUUUUCAACAUAGACAUGCCCCGUGAACUUGAGAUUGCAUUCACGCGAAUAGUAAAAGUCCAUGCCACUGACACAGGUCUUGAAAUAACGCCUGAAGUGAUCGAAAAUCUUUUUCAAACAAAUUAUAUGCUUCCAAAUUACGCAGAUCUUGAACUUGUGACUCGCACAAUCAGCGAAGACGAAAGCAAUGUCAAAUCCAAUGAGGUUGAUACCAAGGUUGCCAACGAACAGAUUCAUAUUCCUAUUACCUCCCUUAAUGCAAGCUUUGUCCUCAACGGUGUUCAGCGUUCAACAUGUGGCUCAGGAAACGAGUUAUUGUCGACCGUUGUCAACGCUGUCAAACAGCUUGGUUUUGAAUUUGAGUUAAUCGACCACAAAACUCAGCUUGUGCAAAAUAGUGAUUUUGACUAUCCCAGUAGAACCGCUUGUUUCGUCAAGAUUCACAGCGAGAAAUUGUCCCCAAUAUGGGGCGUCGGCAUUCACAAAAGCCCUAUAUGGUCCACUUUCCAGGCAGUUCUCGGCGCUGCGGGAAAGUUGGCGGCUAAUGAAGCGGUCGAUAGAAGUUAG